AUUUGAAAACACCCAGGCUGCCGGGUUUGGAUCGCAUCUGCUCCCGCCGCGUGCGAGCGGAUUAAAUUACCGCAAAUUCAAACUGAAUGAGCCCUUUCCCCCCUCCCUCCGCCCGUCCCUCCCUCCCCCGGUCCCCUCCUCCCCGCUCGGCGCGGCAGCCUCACGCCCGCAGCCGCUGCCGGCGCGGGGCAGAGCAGCGGCGGGCGGGAGGAGGGGAAGAGCCGGAUCCAAUGAGGGGCGGCAGCCCGGGGCACCGCGCCGCCGGCUCGCCCCAGCCCCGGCCCCCCGCCAGUCCCGCUCCGCCCCCCGGCCCCUCCGCCCCAGCCUGGCCGGCGGCGUUCUCCCCGGAGCAACUUUCCUGCCCGCCCGGUGACCGCCCCGCGGGCCGGGGGCAGGCGGCGCGGCAGGAGCAGGGACAGCGGCAGGGCCGGGCAUGCCGGCGGCGGCGGGCGACGGGCUCCUAAGCGAGCCGCCGGCGGUGGCGGGCAGCGGCGGCGGCGGGGAGGCGCGGAAGGCGGCGGCGGGCGCGGAGGGCAGUUUCCUGGCCGCCUGGCUCAGCGCGGCGGCGGCGGCGCCGCGGGAGCGACUCCGUGACUUCCAACACACCAAACGGGUCGGCAACUACCUGAUCGGCAGGAAGCUGGGAGAGGGCUCCUUCGCCAAGGUCCGGGAGGGGCUGCAUGUGCUCACCGGAGAGAAGGUGGCAGUGAAAGUAAUUGACAAGAAAAGAGCCAAAAAGGACACCUAUGUCACCAAGAAUCUGCGACGGGAAGGGCAGAUCCAGCAAAUGAUCCGCCACCCAAAUAUUGCUCAGCUGCUGGAUAUAUUGGAAACUGAGAACAGCUACUACCUUGUCAUGGAGCUGUGCCCUGGUGGCAACUUGAUGCAUAAGAUCUACGAGAAAAAAAGACUUGAGGAGCAUGAAGCGCGCAAAUAUAUCCGGCAGCUUAUCCUGGCAGUUGAACAUCUUCACCGGGCAGGAGUAGUUCACAGAGACUUGAAGAUAGAAAAUCUGUUGCUAGAUGAAGACAACAAUAUCAAGCUUAUUGACUUUGGAUUGAGCAACUGUGCAGGCAUCCUGGGUUAUUCUGAUCCAUUCAGCACCCAGUGUGGGAGCCCAGCAUAUGCAGCCCCUGAACUUCUGGCAAGGAAAAAAUACGGGCCCAAAAUAGACGUUUGGUCCAUUGGGGUGAACAUGUAUGCAAUGUUGACUGGAACGUUACCUUUUACUGUGGAGCCAUUCAGCUUGAGAGCUUUAUACCAGAAAAUGGUGGACAAAGAAAUGAACCCUUUUCCCACCCAGCUCUCUGCAGCGGCCAUAAACUUUCUACGAUCUCUACUAGAGCCAGAUCCUGCAAAGAGACCAAAUAUCCAGCAAGCGCUUGCAAAUCGAUGGCUUAAUGAGAAUUACCCUGGGAGAGCUCCACCUAAUGUCACAUAUCCAAACAGGAUUCACCUUGAGGACCUCAGCCAAAGCGUGCUGCUUCAUAUGACCGAGAAGCUUGGCUACAAGAACAGCGACGUCAUCAACACUGUGCUCUCAAACAGGGCAAGUCACACGCUUGCCAUCUACUUUCUACUUAAUAAGAAGCUGGAGCGCUACUUGGCAAGCCUUAGAAAGUCUGAAGGCCAGGACAAUAUUUGCCACAAGAGCCAACUAUACCAGAUAGAAAAAUACAAGGCAAAUAAAGACUCCUAUGAGGACAAAAAACUCAAAGAACAAGAAAAGAAAGGGGAGAUUCUUCACCGUCAGCUCCCAAAGAAAACUGAGAAAAGUCCAGUUUCAUAUAGACAGCCUUCUUCCUGUCUUAUCUCGCAGAUACAGAACACCAAGGCUCUGCUGAAGGACCGGAAAGUCACCAAGGCUGGAGGUCCGGAGAAAGACUCCAGCGGUGCGGUAAGCCCUUUCCAUGAACCCCUGGCAACCAAGACGGGCUGCGUCACUUCUAGCUCCCUGGAGUACCUCGAAGUCCAGCAGCCGCCCCCCAGAACACCUCGGCUCCUCAAGAGGCAGGAGUCUCCGCAGCAGGAGCCAGCCCGGAUCGGUGGCCGGGCAAAGGACUCUCCUCUCAUCCUGAAUAUUGUGCACUCCUUCGAGUCGGUUGACAGAGAGGACCAAAUAGACCAGGUUUCCCCCUCACAUCAGUACAGGAUUUUAGGCUCGCCAAUGAAUUUUCCUUACAAAAGCUCAAGUGAAAGGACACUGUCCCCGCUUUUUCAGCCAGGGAGUACGUCCCCCGUCCAUCCCACCCAAGUCUCUUUCACAUAUGAAGAAAAAGCGUAUCCAGCAAAGGAAGAAGCAGUGUCCCCUACUCAGCUGGUUUCCAACAACCCCCUGGGCAGCCCUAACUGCGUUAAAAGCAGAGGCAGAUUCCCCAUGAUGGGGAUCGGACAGAUGCUGCGCAAGAGGAACCAGACGAUGCAGUCGGCGAGCGACAAGCCACUGGAAGCAAGGAUGCCUCAGCUGCAGCAGAUGAGCCCCACGCAGAUUUCCUUCAAUGCAGCAGAUGCUGUCAGCGGCCAGUGUUAGUGUGACAUCCCAGGAUUUGCACUGCUGUUCUCUGAGACCUAACCUUUUUUUUACUUUUAACAAGAAGGGAAAGCCACAGGCACGUUACUGUCACUACAUAAUACACUACAGUGGUCCAAUGUAGAAAAUCAGAGGUCUGCUUGUAAGGAAGGUGUUGUCCUACAUAUUAAAGUUCAAAGAAAAGGGCUCUGCUUGUGCUGUUAAGAAAUAUUAGCAUUUGGCAUCUAACUAUACCGUAAAACAUGUCCUGAAAGAGCUAUGUGAAUAUGUAUUUUCACUGCUCUUAUCUAGUAUUGCAGUAAGGUUGAUUGGAAGAGCAGCAAGCAUCAACAAUUUGAUUCAUCAAGGUAAUCUGCGUGGUGCCAUGAAUGCCGAUCCCAUCCGGGAUCUGUGGUAAGACUGCCCGUGCUCCAUCUGCCUGUGCCACACAGUACAUGGUCCUACUACAGGCAUUGUUCACGUGGCUAGACAAGUGGAAAAACUCAACAUACUAUGUCCAGAGUCAACAUGCUAACAAGCACUGCCAAAAAGAUGAAGUUGGUAGAAGCUUGAAUAAAGACACAAGUGAUCUAAACAUUCAGAAAAGUGGGAGUAUUGGAAGUCAAAUCAGAUUUUACUGUUAAUUACAUAAAGUAGCUAAUAACAAAAUCAUAAGUUUCAUCACAUGGAAAUUCAUCGCACUAGAGGCCUGUUCCUUUCAUAUGAUGGGUCUCCAAGCGGAUGCUUCAAACAGUUAUCCAGAUUGUGACACACUGUGUUUAAACAAUCCAGUCACCUCUGAUUUUUGCAGCCGUACUAGUUCCACGGCGCUCCUACGUGCAGGACUGCAUUAGCCCGUUACAGCACGGCAGCACUGGACACACCUGAAGGCUAUUCUGAGAGACUGCAGUGAAUUAAAAAGACUAAUAAAGGACACAUGAACCUGUACCAAUGCCAUUUUAUACUGCAAGAUUGGUAAUGCAGUGGUUACCAAAAAUUUGGUAUUGUUACGAGCAGUGAAGUUUAACUUUCUUAAAAGGCACCAUGUUCUGCAUACCGGUCUUGUUUUUCUAAGUAAAUGAUACAUCUGAGAGGUUGGCACCAUUUUUUUGGUUCUGUUUUUGUCUUCAAACCAUUUCCUAUAAAUUAGAAGGUUUAGCCAAAGACUACUCUUUUCUUUCGUCCGUACCGCGCUUGCAUAUGUGUUUGUGUGCACGGGACAUCUCGACAAAGCUUGUUCCAGUCUGGUUCCCAAGUGGGCAGCCCUGGCCCACGUGUGCCCCACUGCCGCCCACCCACUUAAUGCCAUUUCAAAACCCAGGCAGCAGAGGCGUUGUCUUCUUCUUGGGGUUGUUGCUGGAAGACGGGUACUUUGCGUUGAGACCAUCGGUAGGAAUCCAAGCCCUAUUUUUAUCGAUAUUUUUGCAAACGAUUUUGCGGCCCCAUUGGUUUGGUGUCUGUGCAAAUGCUGAGAGUUCCCCCUGUUUGAGAAGCUUUCCUUCCCGUUUCGUGAGAGAGAUACACAGGGACUGGGGGAGGAGGGCCAGCAGAGGCAGGGGAGAAGGUCCCCAGCAGAGCCCAUCGCUGAGCGCAUGUUCCCGAUUCUCAGCAUAGCACAGGCCUUACACCAAAAUCUGCAAGAAAAAGAUUGGAUGAUAACCCAGAUACUGACAGAACAGAUAACUGGACUGUUGAGUAUUUUGAAUGCUUGCUGGCAAAACCAGCAGAGCGUGAAUGCCCAGAGCGCCCUUCUCAUUCCUGCAGAUGGGACCGACCUUCACCUCGGCACUGAAGCCGCCCGUCAGCUCAGUACAGGGGAGUCCGUAUGCGUCUUGUACUCUUCAGUGUAGGGAGGACACCCACCUCUGGGGUGGUUAAGCUACCUGUAAAACAGUAUACGUGAAAAUCCCAAUACGGUAAGAAAGACAGCCCUGAAAUAAUUUUACUCAUUUUCAGAUUGAAAAAUGUCAUCAUCUGUUUGUACAGAGCACCUGUAUGUACAUCCUGGCGGUCCAUUUCAGCUCUUCCUUUUGUUUAAAAACAUCAAAGCAUUUUCUUUUUCUUCAUGCUAAGAACAUGUUUGCGCUGCAAAGCCAGCGAAUGGGGACCACUGAAAUCCCAUCUUUUGCAUGCAUCGGACUUGCAUACCUGAACAGAUGGCAGAUACUGACUUGAAUUACAAACUCAGGUUUAUUUGGAACCCAAUAAAAGGUUGGGGGAGGCAGGAAAGAGACAUGUAUUUUUUGUGAAAACCCAGUAAAUAUGUGUAAGAAUCAGAAUGAAAGCAGAAAUGUUAAAUCUUUUAUUAUAUUUAUAGAGAAUAUAUGAGUACUACACUGCUAAAACAUAACCAUGUAUCCAGCUUAGACAGUAGCUAUGUACAGUCAAACUGCAGUGACCAUAGAAGGGACUAACUGAAAUACAGUAGUGGAUAUUCCAGGGGAAAAUAUUGUAUUUGUUAUCACUAUUAAAUAUAUGUACUUUUUG